UUCUCUAAAAGGGGGGACUGAGACAAGCAUAUCAGCCUAUUGGCGUGAUCGUGGGUGGGGCUGUUUGUUUUUAAAGAGAGUUUUGCUCCCAAAUGCCACUUUUGAAUGGGAUUUUUGGAAGAUAAGAACCACUGCAAACAUAUUAGAAAUGGCUACCUGUGGAGGAAGUGUUGAAACAGACAGCCAAACAGAAACUAAUCAGAUGGAGAACCAGUGUGAGAUCGACUCGUUUAACAAAUUAUGCAUAACCGAUUUGAACCCAGCUGAAGAAUACAAGAUGAACCACAAACGGCGAGGCCUGGCCCUCAUUUUCAACCAUGAGAAUUUUUACUAUUGGCGGAAUUUGAAUGAUAGGAACACAUGUGACCGCAACAGCUUAAAGAGACGACUCCAGGAGUUAAAUUUUGAAGUCCGGAAUUAUGACAAUGCAAAGCAGACAGAUGUCCUGGAUAGAAUCCAUGAAGCUGCUGGGGAGGAUCACGCUGAUGCCGACUGCUUUCUGCUGGUCUUUCUGAGCCACGGCAAGGACAACUGCGUUUACACCCACGAUGGCAUGGUCAACAUCCAAGAGAUCACAGCCGCAUUCAGAGGAGACAACUGCCCGAGCCUUGUAGGAAAGCCGAAGAUCUUCAUUUUUCAGGCGUGUCGUGGAGAAAAACAUGAUACAGCAGUGGUCGCCACCGAUGCUGUUGACCACAGGGAGGAGACUAUGGAGGAGGUGGUGGUUGAUGCCAGUGCACUAAAUACUCUACCUGCUGCAGCUGAUUUCAUCAUGUGCUAUUCUGUGGCUGAAGGUUUCUUUUCCCACCGACAUAUAAAAGAGGGCUCCUGGUACAUCCAGGAUUUGUGCGAGCUCCUUGAAAAGUUUGGAAAUUCCCUUGAGUUCACUGAGUUACUCACCUUGGUGAACAGAAAAGUGGCAAUGAGAGGUGUGAAGAUGCUCAGGGACUCUGACGAGAAAAAACAGGUUCCAUGUUUUGCUUCCAUGUUAACCAAGAAGCUCUACUUCCGGAAAAAGUAACAGCAUCAAGUCAUCGUCAUAUAAUCAAUUGAUUUUAGCUUAGAAAAAAAAAAAGAAGCAAAAAA